AUGAAGCACACGGAGUGCAAGGUUGAAGAGGGCCCCGUUUCUUCUGGUGCCAGGAUAUACGAGGAAAUGAGUAACGUGCAGAAGCAUCUGCUUAGGGACUACUUGUCGUGCAGGUUGGGUACCGCCAGCAACUGGCGAAAAGCCGUGUCGCAGCGAGUGGAAGAGGUGGUCCAUCGCAGGGCACAGUCUGGAGAGUCUCUGGAUGCCCACGACGUGGUGGGGGAGGUGUUGCCCUUUUCCCGCUCCAUUAUUCCUUCCGAGGUGCGUGAGGGACUCUUCCGUCAAAUUUCAGAUGCGCUGCGUCUGAGGGAUGAGCGGGACUGA